UCGAGAGGUAGUGAAACCUGGCGCUCCCUCACCCGCCACUUCCCUACACAGAACUUACUCUGUUCCACCAUGGAAAAUCCUCAUCCCUUCGAACACUGUAAAAAUUAACACAAGUGAUCACGGGCACUGCUGACAAGGCCAAGAAUACAGUCACCAAACUUUUAAGAAAUUUGUACAUUAACUUGUAGUUGACGACAGUGAAAUGACAUGUCUGUCGACGCUGCCCUCAGACAGCUUCUAGUGUGAGCUGUAUAAGAACUAUGACCCGUGUCCCGCCUUGGUAUAACACACGAUAAUAAUGCAUACUAUUAUCUGUACCUCGCUUCUUUUAUCAGUCUUUGGACUGUCUGGUGGUGAGAAGUGCAAGACGAAGAAGGCGGAGCUGGACACCUGCCUGGCGGAGGUGGCUCCCUUAAUGCCCAAGGUCGGCCUUCCUCACACCCUCCCCGAGCUAAUUAACAUGUGCAGGGCGUUUAAGGGCGGGAUGAGGUGCGUGGACCACUACACAUCGAGCUGCCUCACCACGACGGAGAGGACGGAACUGGAUCAGAACCUACGAGGAGCCAGGUCCUUUCUCGCCUUCCUCUGUGACGACCCCAUUUUCCGCAAAGAGUACCUGUCCCACGGGGCAUGUCUGCGGGAUGUGAGCGAUGACUGGGAGAGAUGCCUCAACCACUUCAAGAGCCUAGUCCGUCUCCAACAUAAACACGCCAACAUCUCCCAGGCUGCCAGGGACCACAACAUCUGCUGCUUCCGGGAGGGGCUGCUAUCAUGCGUGUACAGCGUGAGUUACUUCCGCUGUGAGAAGCACGCCGCCCUGUUCGUUAAGAAGGUGACGGCCACGCUGUCGUAUAAUGAUGUGCAAGAGGAGAAGUGUCGUAACGUGACGAUAAGGACGUGUGCAGCGACCAGCAGGCACCCCAGCGUCCUCCCCCUCCUGCUGGCCGCCUCCCUCUUCCUGCUACACCAGUCUCCACCAUGAACCAUUACCACUACCCUUACUGCUGCUCCACCCUGAAUCCAUUACUUCUACACCUCUCUCUCGUCCCUCCCCCUCCCUUCUCUCUAUCCUUCCCCCCUUCUCUAUCCUUCCCUCCUCCCUCCCUUCCCUCCGCUCUUUCCCUCUCUCCACCCAACUCUUUCUUUCACUACCUCCCCCCCUCUCUCUCCACACACAAGUCAGAUGCUGCUACACGAGGGAGCCAUGUAAAUUCAUUAUUCUCCAGUGUAUCAGUAUCAGGUCUUAGUAAACUUAGGUAAAUUAGCUAUAAGUUUGUCUUGUCGGAACUAGAGUGUAAGAAGGCCAACUUGGGGCAAGAUAUUCACAAAACUGAAUUGGUAUUAGAUUACGGGGGUCAAUAACAAGGGUCCAAAGUUCACACACACACACACACUAAAAUGCUCCUGGCAGGGAAUAAAACAAACACCUUUAUUUCGACAGUCGUAAUAAAUUCAACGACCCACUAAUUUACCUCCCCCCCCCCCCCAUCUCAAAUACAUACAAAUAUUAUUACUAAACACACAUGACUUGUAAACUAACUAACCCCGCUAAGCAGCCGUCACACUGAAAUACACCCCAGUCCGGUCCUGCCGCCUGAGAACAAUACAGCAAAGAAAACAAAAGGAAGAGAAAACAAAAGGAAGAGAAAACAAAAGGAAGAGAAAACAAAAGGAAGAGAAAACAAAAGGAAGAGAAAACAAAAGGAAGAGAAAACAAAAGGAAAAGAAAACAAAAGGAAAAGAAAACAAAGGCAAGAACAAAGCUAUAAUUAAAUAUUUUUCGACCACCACACGAGCAAUACAAAGCAAACCUAACCUAACCUGACCUGACAAGUUCCAAGACGAAUCCCUUCAUAGAGUGGCAGAAAUGAACCGUUACUGACCUCGUGUCUCACCUAACUGUUACGUCUGGAAUAUAUGUACUGUAUACAACUGUUUAAAAAGUCCCUUGAUAUUUGUGUUUGACAGCAUCACCCAGGGAGCCACACACACAUAUAAUACUUCUGCGCCUAAUUGUAUCCUCCGCCAUAUCCGCCGUGACACUUAACUAACAUUUAAAGACUAGAGGUGUUCUUUCAGCGUCCUCCAGUAAAUCUAGGUCAUGUACUGUACAAGGCAGAGAGUAUACUUACGUCAUGAACAUACAGGAGUCCACAGCGAUGUUUUGGCUGUGGAGAAACACUCAAACAUCAAGGGACUUUGUAAACAACGUCAACACGUCUUGGCUGGGUUCCCUCUGUUGACAAGAAAUGGUGUAUACAACCUGGGGAUCCUCUUGUUGUUGAGUGUUGUACCUUAUGUGUUUUUUAAUAGAACUACACCUGUACCUGCCUCAGUAAUAUGACACCAACAUAAUCCAGCUACUGUACAAUCUGUGUUAUAUAAAGGAUGUGUAUUUUAUCGUGUGUAUAUAAUCUAGAGAUUUAUCCUCUACCGUGUAGAGUAUAUGAGGCUUAACAUUAAUAUAAUCGAUCUUCUAAGGCCUAAGUUAUAGCGUUUUGAUACUUGACAUAUGAACAUAAUGCAGAGUAUCUUAUAAUUAUAAAAGUACAGUACAGUAUAUCAAAUCUGACGAGAAUAUAGGGUUUAACUUAUAAGGAGUAAGAGUGUGGAAUAUAUGAACACAAUCUAGCCUCUAUCCUGUAUGUUACAAACUACAACAUAUGUAUUUUAACACAAACACAAGUCUCUCUCUCUUCUAAGUUACAGAAACAUCAUAUAUAAACUCUAACGUGAUCAUUAUCGUACCUCUAUAUCAUAUAUGUAUAUAAAACGGAGUCCUCCCUCUUCCUAUACGAAAUUAAACUUUAUAUGACCUGAUUUAUAUAUGACAUCGUUUAUUUUUACUUUUAACGAAACUCAUAAUAAAGUAGACAUUUAUUUAUCCACUCAUUAAUGGUUGUACUUGUGGUGUAGGCGACUGGAGGCUGACCCGCUCUACUGUAUAUAAUUAAUUCUGGCAAUAAAGUCUAUAGUUGUAC